GUCCAAUAAAACAAACGAUCAUUGAACGCCACAUAAUUAAAAAGAAUUCUGAAGGGGAAAAAAAAAACUUUGAAUUUCCUCUUCCGAUCUUCUGCUUUUAAAUUCUUCAGUUCCACAAUCUUCGUUUAUCUCCAAACUCUUCCUCGCCGCUGGGAGAAGAAGAAGAAGAAUGAUUGACAAUCUCACAGCGUCACAAAUGCUUAUUCCCAUGGCUCUCUGCCUCGGCUUUCUCGGGGCAGCUUUGGUCAUCUUCCUUCACAAAAUGCUGCUGAAGCCACUCCUGCUCCAGCGCCGGCUGAACUCACUAGGAGCCAGAGGCCCUUCCUACAAGUUCUUCUUUGGGAACACUCUGGAGAUGAAGAAGCUCAGACAAGCAUCCAUGGCGAAACCCAUGUCAGGCCUCUCUCACGACAUAUAUUCAAGGUUGCAGCCUCACCUCUCCGCUUGGACCAAGACUUACGGAAGGAACUUCACAUUCUGGUUCGGCCCUCUGCCUUUCUUGGUCUUGUCGGAGCCGGAGCUGGUGAAGGAAGCCGCGGCGGAUCGGGAGAAAGCUUUCCGGAAAGUGGAGCCCGAAGGUGUCGUGAAGAGGAUGCUUGGAGAUGGGCUGGUGACAUCUGAUGGUGAGAAGUGGGUCAAGAUGAGGAAGUUGGCCAACCAUGCUUUCUUUGGCGAGAGCUUAAAGAACAUGACUCCGGCCAUGAUUGCUAGCACGGAAAUGAUGCUUGAGAGGUGGAAGAAUCGCGUCGGCGAAGAGGUUGAGGUGUAUGAAGAAUUCAGGUUCUUGACUGCCGAAGUCAUUUCCAGGACUGCUUUUGGGAGUAAUUUCGCUGAAGGGAAGCGCAUUUUUGACUUGUUAACGCAGAUGGGCGAGCUGGCUGUAGCCAGUGCCUUCAAAGUCAGGCUUCCUGGAAUCAGCAAGAUCUACAAAAGCAGAGAUGAUACUGAAGCGGACGAGCUUGAACAUGGCGUACGAGCCGUGAUAUUGAGAAUGAUGAGGAAGAGAGAAGAGACGGUGGCGAAUGGAGAAGCAGAAAACUUUGGAAGCGAUUUCUUUGGUUUACUCCUGACUGCUUAUCAUGAAAGCGACGAAUCGAAAAGGAUUUCGGAGGAUGAUCUCAUAGACGAGUGCAAGACAGUGUAUCUUGCUGGACAAGAAACAACCAAUACUCUGCUGUCCUGGAUUAUGUUGCUUCUGUCGAUCCACACAGAUUGGCAGGAGAAAGCGAGAAAGGAAGUUCAGACCCAUUUCGGCGACAGAGCUCCUGAUGCAGAUGGGAUUUCAAAGCUCAAGACGUUGAGCAUGAUAAUCAACGAGACCCUGAGACUAUACCCUCCUGCAGUUGGGAUGGCUCGAAAGGUUGUGAAGGAAGUUCAAAUCGGGAAGCACGUACUCCCGAAGAACACGUACUUCACCAUCGACACUCUAGCUCUCCAUCAAGAUCCUGAAAUUUGGGGGGAAGAUGCCCUGCAGUUCAAUCCAGAGAGAUUCUCCAACGGAGUUGCCAAAGCGACGAAGAACAAUGCAUCUGCAUUCGUCCCCUUCGGUAUAGGACAGCGAGUUUGUGCAGGAGCCAACUUCGCAGCAAACGAAUCGAAGAUUGCACUUGCCAUGAUCCUUCAACGCUAUGCGUUUACGCUCUCGCCUGCUUAUGUGCACUCUCCACUUCAGAUCGUCACGGUCCGGCCGCAGAAUGGAGUUCAGGUCAUCCUCCAUGCUCUGUAGCAGUGAUGUGUUAUUAUUGGUCUGCUUGAUUGUGGAACAUCUUACUCCGUGAGAUAUAAACUGGGACAAGGGCUGGAGAAUGUAUAUGUUACCAGAAUAAAGGAUUAACACUUUGUCGUAGAUUUAUGGUGUGAGAAUUAUGAUGCUUCUGUAAGCAUUGUUCAUACAUAUUAGAAGUUGUUUGGAUUGAGUAUUUAUCAGGCUUAUUAUAUGGACCAAAUAUAUUAUUCUAUAUCAUUUUGGUAUAAGAAGUUAAUCGGUGGUAGACCGUGAUGAUUAAUACAUUUUAUUAUCAUUU